UCAUCCCUUCUUUACCAUGCGUAUACUCUAUAUCUCUUCACCAUUAACGACUUCAAAACCAUGGUCGGCCCUAGCAUCGCCUUCGCCAUCUUCCACACCCCAUCCGACAAAGUCCACACACAUGAGAUCUUGUUGCGUCUCCCGCACAUGUUCGCAUACAGCUGGAUCAACCUCCUAGCGUUCACUAUCAACAACCAAUGCCAGCCGGCCUCGAUCGCGGAAGACCGGCUAAACAAGCCGUGGCGGCCGUUACCAGCAGGACGAUUGUCGCCUGCUCAGGCCCAGGUUUGGGGCCGAUUGUCAACCGUGCUGGCAAUUAUCCUGAGUAGUAGCAGUAGCGUCAGCAGCAUCAACAUGAGUACCCACAGUCGCUCUGGCCAACAGGGUGGGGGCGCCGGUUGGAGCGAGAGUGUGCUACUCGCGGUGCUGGGCUGGAUCUAUAACGACCUCGGCCAGGGGAAUGGGAACUGGGCGGUGCGCAACUUACUGAACGCCGCGGGUUUCACGAGCUUUGCAGCGGGCACAUUGGAGGUCGCUCUUCGAACUCCCUUACUUUCUCUCUCUUCGUGGUCAGCUGAUAGCAACGACGACAACGUACAACUACUGUGGUGGAUCGGGAUGAUCGCUGCCGUUGUCGCAACCACCGUUCAGCUUCAGGACAUGUACGACCAAAAAGGCGAUGCCGCCGCCGGCCGACGAACACUGCCACUCGUCGUGGGGGACAGAGCGGCUCGCCUGUUCUCCGCCAUCGCGAUCAUGGCAUGGUCUCUUCUCUGUCCAUUCUAUUGGUCCUCAGGGUUCUUGGGCUAUUUGGCCCCCAUGGUCUUGGGGCUCUGGACUGUGGUCCGUUCAUUUACCUUGAAAUCAGAAUCGGAUGACAGGGUGACCUUCCGAAUCUAUAAUUGUUGGUUAGUGUCACUGUAUGCCUUGCCU